CCAAAAUGUCUGGCUAUCAGCCGUUCUUGCUGUGCUGGGUGGGAAAUGAAACGGCAAAAAUGAAACUUGAGGAUAUUCGUCAAUAAGUGACACGCCUGGGAAUGGACCAAGUUUUCUAUCGACUACAGCAAGAUUCCCAGUUCAAGUCAAAAUAUUUCCAUCAUGAAUUUGGAGAAGUGAUGAAGAAGAAAAAAACUUUGUGGAAUUGUCUAUUUCCAUUUUCCUGGACAAUGGAGGGAGAGACUUUACCUUCUACAAUGUUACCCACACUGAAUGCAUCCUAUGGCUCAUCCAUUACACUGGAGCAGAAGACGACAUUUGCUUUUGUAACUUUAUUCAUUAUCUGGGUGUGCUCCAUUGUCAGGUGUUUUAGGAUCCUUCUUGAUCCUUACCGAAGUAUGCCAACUUCAACCUGGGCAGAUGGAAUUGAUGGACUUGAAAAAGGACAAUUUGACUAUGCUCUUGCGUAG